AUGGGUGCCGCGCUUGGCCGCAGCAAGCAGCGCAGGGAUUUGGAGGCGCAGCUGGGCUUCACCGAGCAGAGGAACCGGGAAGCCUGGCUCCAGGAGCAGCGCUUGCUGGCGGAUCUUGAUGCCCGAACCAGGUGCCCGCACCUGCUGGUGCAGAUCAGAAGCCUGGGCAUUGUGGAGAUUUGUGGCAAGAACCAUGGAGGCAUCUUCGAGCGGCUGGGCGAUUGGUUGAGGAACAGCUGGGGCCUGGUGGAGCACUCCAGCGAUAUCCGGCCCGACGUCUACGUGCCGUGCAACCCCUUCGAGGCGGCAAAGUUGCGGCUGAGUGUGCGCCCGGUCUACGAGUGGGGUCGUCUUUGUGACAGGAGCUUCGCAGUGGGACCCACCACCCCCCAGGGCCAGGUGCUGGGCGCGCAGCGGCUGAUGAAGACCCGCGGCAGCGACGGGGAGUCCAACCUCGGCAAGCUCACCAUGUCCCUGGUGAACUUCAUGACCAACACCUGCGGCUGGGGCCUGAAGCUCAUCGACGGCUGCAACCUCGGCAGGAGCGGCCAGAUCCGUGAGAUGCAGAUCAAGUUCACCGCGCCCCAUCCGCUGAAUCUCACGGCCCCGCACCUCAUGAUCGACUUGAGGCAGUUGGGCUUCGUGGAAGUCUAUGGGCCGAACACCCAGAACGUCUACGGUCAACUGGAUCAGUGGCUUGCCAACAACUGGAAGGGUCGUGCCGUGCCUGCAGAUCCUGCGUUCUGCGACCGCAAGUACCAGGUCAGCGCCUUCAAGAAACGGGGCUCGGAGGGGGAGAACAACAUGGGCCUUUGCGCCAUGAAGUUGGUGGAUUUCCUCAACAAGGGCUGUCAUUGGAAGAUGGUCGCCUGCACCGCGAGCAACUUUGGCCGACUCGGCGACAAGAGGGAGCAGCAGAUCGUGCUGCGAUAUGAUGACUUCAAGCAUCAGGACUGCGACCACUUGUUGGUGGAGCUCCGGGACGUGGGCUAUGUGGAGGUCAGCGGCCUGGAGGAGGCGGGGGAGGCGGCGCGGACGCUGCACCAGUUCAUCACCCACGAAUGGCGAUGCUCCGAGUAUCGCAACAACAUCUUCGAGGCCUUCAGCAGCAAGUACUGCGACCGGAAGUACCGGACACCGCCGAACUUUUAUCUGCGGCAGGGCCUGCAGAACAACCUGGGCCGCCGGCUUCUGGAGCUCGCCAGCUUCAUGAGCUGCCGAGGCUGGCAGCUUGCUGCCUGCAAUGGCGGCAACCUCACCCUGCCAAAACAAAAGAAGGGCGGGGCCACCGGCCUGGUGCGGGAGAACCAGAUCAAGUUUGUGGGCUCGAAGCGGGAUGCGGUCCCGCGGCCUCUGCUCCUGGUGGAGUUUCGCACAGUGCCCUUCAUCGACGCCAAGGGCCGGAGCUUCUUCCAGUCCUUGAUUGAGAUAACGGGGCAGAACACGAAUGAUGUCUUUGGCAAGCUGUCAGCAUUUGUACAGACUCACAUGCAGAGCCGGUUGCUAUCGACAGGAACACCAUUUUGCGAUUUAUGUUUUACCACUGACGCCUUUCAAAUGAAGGAGGCGGCGCUGGAUUGCAAGGAAGGCCGAUUCCUUGGGGAGAGCAAUUUUGGCAAGUACGCCAUGCGCCUUUGCGACUUUAUGGUGGACUACCUGGGUGAGUGGGACCUUCUGGUUUGCAACAACAAUUGCAUGACGCUGCCUCUGAAGCAGCCUUCACUGGCGCGGGAGGCGCAGAUGGUCUUCCGCUUCCGCGAUGGCGGACGGGACGUGUUCCUCUCCAGUGGCCAGGCGCGGCUCCUGGGGAGGCCGCCGUUUCGGGCGCCCGGGUACUGGGCGGACCCGGCGGCGAGGGCCGGGCUGGUGCCGCAACUGGUGGCGCCCGCCUCGCAGAAGGAGCUGGUGAUGCUCCAAGAAGUGAUGGACGGCACCUACAAGGCCAAGGCCACCCGUGAUCGGAUGGGGAAGCCCAUCCCUAAGCGCUUCACAGUGGUCGCGGCCCUUCGCUCUGAGACCCCGGAGCUUUGGGACCGCUACGCGCGGCGCAGAGAGCUCGUGGAGCAGCGCUUGCAGGGCGAGGUGCUGGAGGUGACGGCUCUGACCCUGGAAGCCUCUCUGGGUCUCACCUUGCGCUGCAUCCACGAGGACCGCGGGAAUGCCAGCAACGAGGCAUAUUUGCUGCACGGGAGCAAUCCCACCUCUGCGAUGUCCAUCCUGGGCACGUCCUUCAAGAUGGACUUGGCCGGGAAGAAUGCUGGCAGCAUGUUCGGGCCUGGUAUUUACCUUGCGGAGUCGUCCGUCAAGGCCGACGAGUACGCCCAGGACGACACCAGCGGCUCCUAUGCAGGCCUCUUUGCGGUGCUGCUCUGCCGUGCUGUGGUGGGCCGCGCAUUGCAAGUCGUGGACCCUGGUGACUACGGACCCUUGGUGACCUCCGGCGACUUUGACUGCGUCGUGGGAGACCGGGAGAAGGCUGUGGGAACGUUCCGGGAGUUUGUGUUCUUCCAUGAGGAGGCAAUCUACCCGGAGUUCGCGGUCUUCUACCGCCGGGAGAUGUAG